GAAAAUCAACAAGUCAAUGAAUGAUCCGUACAAGUGGCUACCUCCCUACCUAACACUAGCAGUACAAGUAUUGCACGAACUCCUCUAUGGUUCAAAAAACUUCAGUGUUCUUUACUUUGCUUCGUAGUUCAGCUUUACCUGGAACUCCUACAAGAUGCCUUUUCCUUACAAGAAAGUGGUGGUCAUUGGCGCCACAAGUGGCAUUGGCGAGGCGUUCGCUAAUCGAUUGAUCGAUGAUGGCACGUUUGUCAUUGCCGUCGGACGUCGAAAGGAGAAUCUUGAAGCCCUGGUGCAAAAACAUGGUCAUGAUAAAUGUCAAGCAGUGCCGUUUGAUAUUACCAAGCUGGAAUCUAUUCCGCACUUCGCAACAAACAUCGUAAAUACCCAUCCCGAUGUUGAUUGUAUUAUCCUCAACUCGGGCAUCCAGAGAAAGACAGACUUCAGCGACCCCGAUUCGAUUGACUUGGAUUCGGUGCAGCUCGAGGUCAACACCAACUACACCGCUCACCUGGCCCUGACCAAAGCCUUCUUGCCCUUUCUGCAGAAAAAGUCGACAGAGACAGCAUUGGUUUACAUUACCUCUAAUCUGGCUCUGGUUCCAAUUCUGCGCUGUUCAAACUAUUGUGCUUCAAAAGCAGCACUCCAUCAGUGGAUCCUGUGUCUGCGAGAACAGUUGAAGAAAACCAAGGUGAAGGUCAUCGAGAUUUUUCCCCCUGCGGUUCAGACCGAGCUUCACGACGAGAAGCAUCAACCAGACAUCAAGAACGGUCGACAGAUUGGAAUGCCUCUGGAUGAAUUUACUGAGGAAGCAUACUCUGGAUUGGUCAGUGGCAAGGAUCAAAUACCCGUUGGAAUGUCAAAGCGUGCCUUUGACGGCUUUGAAGUAAAACGGCAGGAGGCCUUUGCGCAUAUGCUGAAAAUCAUGGGCUCUGGACCGUAGAGUAUAUUCGUUAGUUCCUCUAAGCUGGACCAAGUGUCGACAAACUAUUUCGUGCGAUGG